AAAUGCCCUCGAUUACAUUGCAAGCCAAAUCGAGGGAGGCUGAGAGGGCGACGAGAUGACUGUCGUAUGGAGUUCUUUGCAGGACUUGUAUGCCAAGUAUCCCACACCUGGUCAUUGGGGGGGACCCGUCGGAGAUGCAGAGAUCGAGCAGCCUGACUUUGAUCCCGUGAAGUGGUGGAGUUUUAAAGGGGGUGAGCAUCGGAUACUACGAGAUGUCGCCAUGCGCUGCUUGGGUGCGUGGACCACUGGCUCUCCCUGUGAGAGGAAUUGGUCCAAAAACGACUUCGUGCACACGAAGAGGCGCAACAGACUGGGUGUCGAGCAAUUGGAGAAGCUCGUGUUCUGUCACUGGAACCUCAAGCUUCUCCAGAGCAGUCACGUGCGCGGUGGGUUUAUAGGAGCAGGUCUCCCAGGGGUCGGAUUGACUGAUGUGGAGAGGAGGGUUAGGGACUACUACCGUUUUGAGAUGGAAGUGAUGGCCCUAGGGACAUACGACCCGACGGAGAUCGAGCUGGAGGCCAAUCGCCUCGGGAGGCAGUCGAGGGGCAGACGCCUGGCGAGGGCUACAGUCGGAUGCUCCCGCCAUGCGCCCUGUUUGACGAUGGAGCCCCCUCUUGCCGGCACACCUGCACUAGAGGCAGACUCGCACAACAUUCGUGGAGACGAGUUUUCCGUCGUGUCGGGUGGCGCCGGUGCAGAUGAUGGCAUGGGGGGGAAUGGUAUGGGAGGGAAUGGUAUGGGGGGGCAGGUUGAUGCAACGUCUGCCGCACCCAAGGAAUCCCAUCAGCCAAGGGAGCCCGCUACUCAAUGUCCCACUCCGGCAGCCCUUGAGGGCACGCUUCAGUCGUCUUUCGUGGCAGAGCAGCAGCAUAGGAAAGCACAACUCCCCGAGCACUGGUUUUCGUCGUGCAGUUCCCCCCGCGGAUUGCAACGCACGGGCGACGAUGUCAUGCCGCCCAGAGACCCCUCAUUCAUCAUCGAGCCGAUUCGACCAUUCCUUGGUCGCAAGCAGAAGCCUGAGAGUGUCGCGAGAAAGCAGGCCAGGGGAGCUGCAGGUUGUGGCAGAGGCCGAGGUCGACCAUCGAGAGAGGGGAGGGGCGCAGGCGAGAGGGAUAUGUCACAACAGGAACGCGGGAGAGGAGUGGGGCGCGGGAGAGGAGUGGGGCGCGGGAGAGGAGAGGGACGUCCCAAAGGCCGAUCACCUGGACUGGGGAGAGGAGAGGGACGUGGCACGGCACGAGGGGGUGGUGCACCACAGAGGAGAUCCCCUGCAGAUGGAAGUCUUAGAGGCGUUCAUGCGGACGUAGCGCCAGUCACAUCAUCGAGCACCAAGGCCGAGGAGGGCAUAGCGCUGCGCAUUACCAGGAGGCGCAGGGGAGAGACAACGACGAGGGCAGCACUAGCGGCCACAUCAGGCUCGAGCACGUCGGCAUUAUCGAGCGACCUUGAUUUCGAAGGGGGUGUUGAGGACGAGGAGGAGGCAGAGGUCGAUGCAGACAUUGCGGCGGGUAAGGGUGAUAUAUCAGGAUAGUUUUAUACAUAGAUUGUUUUUUGUGUGGGUGUGUGGAGUGUGUGCAGUGUGUGCAGUGUGUGUGUGUGUGUUGCAAGCAAGUCUGAAGUCG